AUGAAAAAUUUGAGAUAUCUUAUUUUCCCAUUCCUAUAUAAAUCUUCAUUGAUUAAAUUAUCUACUCACAAUAGAGAAGACACCUAUUCAAAAGUCUAUAGUAAUUCGAAAUAAUACAAGAUUGAGUAAAAUUAUUUUGAUAAUAUUCAUUAGACCACAAACAAUAAUUUUUAGUGGUAAUUCUAAUACAAUAUUGGCUAAUGAGGUGGCAUAAUGCUUAGGUGUACCUCUUGGAAAAGCAAUUUUAUAGAGAUUUGCUGAUGGAGAAUGCAAUAUUUAAGUUAAGUUAUUUAUAAUGGUUAGGUUUUAGAUAAUGUAAGAGGAAGAAAUGUAUUUAUCAUUUAAUCCACAUGUCCUCCUGUAAAUGAGAAUCUAAUUGAAUUAUUUUUAUUUAUAAGUGCUUUAAGAAGAGCAUCUGUGAAAAAAAUAACAGUCAUUGUUCCUUAUUAUGGAUAUUCAAGACAAGACCAUAAAUUAAUGAAAACUUAAUCAAUUGCAGCUGCAGAUAUAGCUAGAAUGUUAGAAUAGACUGGUAUAGAUCAUCUUGUUUCAAUUGAUCUGCAUCGAGGACAACUUUAAGGUGUUUUUUCUACAAGUGUCCCUGUAGAUAAUCUUUCACCAUAUUUAACACUUAUUCAUGAAUUUAAUAAUCAUCCCUUAAAGUUAAGUCCACCCAAUGAUUUGACUUUGGUUUCACCUGAUUUUAAUGGUAUAACAAGAGCAAAAAAACUUUAGGAUGAAUUAAAGAUAGCCUUCCCAAAUCUCAAGACAAGUAAGAAUAAAUUAAUAUUUCUUAAUAGAACUGGCUAUGAUAUAUAAAUCUAAAUAUCCAGUUACUGAAACAGAAAUUAGUUUAGUUGGAGAUGUUAAUGGAAAAAAUUGUCUGAUUAUAGAUGAUAUAGUGGAUUCAGGAAAUACACUGAGUAGAGCAGCUGAUAUUUUGAAAAAGGAAGGAGCUAAAUCUGUGAUGGCUUAUGCGACUCAUCCAGUUUUUUCAGGAAAAGCUGCUUUAAAUUUAGGAAUUUCAAAUUUAUCCAAGAUUUAUGUAACUGAUACUAUACAAGUUAAAGAAUUAGAUAAAUAAAUAUUAUAAGACAAAUUAAGUGUUUUAAGUGUUGCACCCUUAUUAGCUGAAAUAAUAUACAGAUUGUAAAAAAAAGAAAGUUUACAUGA